GGAAUUUGUGAGGAACUGAAAGCAGCACAGGGCAGUUUAGGGGAAAGGGAGGAGCGCCAAGCAGACAAGGUCACACAUGAGAAGCCUAAGGAGGAUUUACACAAAGCACAGAGAGGCAGAGAAGCGAAAGAAUAGGUAGAGUUUGUUGACUUUCAAUCUUACCUCACAGCUAAUUACCCUUUCCUCACUGUGGUGAAAGAAAGCAAACAAAAACUAAGUGAGAAGAACAGCAAACCGAAAAGGGCAACUGAAGGCAGGAGAAGAGAAAGCAGAAGUAAUAAGAAAAGGAGGGAGAGACAGCUGUUAGAUGGUCCGGGUUUAGGAGAAUAAUUGAAGAAGAGAAACAAAACAGCAGAGAAGAGGCUGUAAGGAGUGAGCGAGAGGGGGAAUUAGUAAGAAAACAGCAGAUACUCAUUGACAGAGAGGACUAGACCUAACUCAAUGGAUCACUGACAUCAGCAAAACAAAGGAAGAGGAGCGUCACACAAGAGGUCACUGUGGUCCAGCAGCAGUGCAGCUUGCCUGAACCUGAGACAGCUGAGAUAGAGGGACACAGUUCACAGUUUCCCCUUUAUAACGGCACCAUGUUGUUGAAAGAGUACCGCAUCUGUAUGCCCCUGACGGUGGAAGAGUAUAGGAUUGGGCAGCUGUACAUGAUCAGUAAGCACAGCUGUAAGCAGAGUGGUGGGGGAGAAGGGGUGGAGGUGAUAAAGAAUGAGCCAGAUACUCACCCCCAGCACGGCCAGGGACAGCUGACAGAGAAGCGAAUCUACCUCAACAGUAAACUGCCGUCCUGGGCGAAAGCAUUUGUCCCGCGAUUCUUCUACCUGACAGAAAAAGCCUGGAACUUCUACCCCUACACCAUCACAGAGUACUCAAUAUCAUACCUUCCCAAGUUCAGCAUCCGCAUUGAGACGAGAUUUGAGAACAACAACGGCAAUAACAACAAUGUGUUUGAGGACACCCCGACCCCAGCAGAGAAUGUGAUUUUUCUGGAUAUCCUGAGUGACCCCAUCCCUGAAAAGCACUAUGAAGAGUCAGAGGACCCGGGUCGCUGGCAUUCAAGUAAAACUGGCAGAGGGCCUCUGGAUAAAGGCUGGAGAGAUGACCACAAGCCUAUUAUGUGCUCCUAUAAGCGGGUGCAGUGCAGCUUCGAGGUGUACGGCUUCCAGACAAAGACUGAGGAAUUCAUACACAAAAACAUCCGGGACAUUCUUCUGGUUGGCCACAGACAAGCAGUAGCAUGGACAGACGAAUGGCACGGGCUGAGUUUGGAGGAGGUGAGAGAGUACGAGCAAGCAAUGCAAGAGAAGACCAACAGCAAAGUUAAAUCCAACAACACAGGCUCACCGGCUGCCUCUCGUCCUCUGUUCUCUCGCUCCAUCUCAGUGACAGACGAGCGUUCACUGAAGAAGAUGGGAGUGACGACUGCGGCCAUGUCUGACCCUUCACUCUCCUCUGUGCCACAAAGUCCCAUGCGCCUCAACUCCACACCUGAAUGAUGCCUCACACACAGAUACAAAAACUGAACUGUACAGCAGGUACACACAGAAACCAAUGUCAACAUUCACAAUCAUGUGAUGUUUCUCAAACACUAACCCACAUGCAAACAGUGACUUAACGGACAUUUUGUACAGUUGUGUUGGUUCAAUUUCCAGUUUCUGAUGCACAAGCUUAAACCCUUCUGAGAUUAUGCAAACUGCCUGUACAGGCAUUUGUCAUUAUGAUAUGUUCUGAAAAUUUCGAAAGUAGCCUACGUCAGCAAUCUGUGCCGACGACAUCAGACGCUAAAUCCAACUCAACUCAUGUGACACUGUGAUAAACAUAAUAUUAUGUUUGUUUAACAAUUGUCAGCAGAGAUGGGAGGAGAGAAGAUGCACACUAUGCACGUUAAGGUUGUUCCCUAUAGGUUUGUGUGUCUUUUCAUCAUGGCAGUGUUGAAGAAAACUCAGAACUGCGCCAUUAUGGCAACAUGUUGAAUUUUAAGCCAACAAAAAAAGUUAGCCGUAAAACCUAGACGUAGUCCUGCUGAUUGUGGUGCCCUUUCCCGUUCUGCUUUAUCUUCUUAUUCAGUGUUUAUUGGCAAUUGGAAAACCCGCCUAAAUAUGCAUUGCUGCCACCAAGUGCACUGUAGUCACAAAACUCAGAAUCAAAGGCUCACAAAAUGUCCAUUAAGACACAGUAGAGAUAUUAUCCAUCCUUAUGCACAUGUACAUGUUUUGCUUUCUUCACUGCAUGUUACAAACGUUACAACAAAACACACUAUGCUAUGCUCUAUGUGGGACAAUUUCUAUUGCUGCAGUCAAAAAUCCUUCCAGUGUCGACAACCUAUAAACGCACUUUGAGUUUCUAAGCCCCAUUGGAGGUCAGCGACCACCAGCAGGGAUCUCCUAUUGUUUCCCAGCCCCGGCCCAGCAGCCCACACACAGAUGCAUAAGUAGUUUAAUAGAGUGGAUCUAAUGAGAGAGAAGAGGAGAGUGGGGGAGGCUGUCAAUGCUAUGGAUCUGCUACCCUCUCCACCUCUGCCAAUAGGUCAGACCAGGUGUAUUGACAGAAGGCAAUGAGGCGUUAUAUUGGUUCCUUGAUCACUUAGCUGAGCACUGCAAAUGGGUCAAGCCAGGGCUAAACUUCAAAUAUUAGUCAAUGAUAUUAACAUUUAUACGACUAUUAGCUCAAUUUUGUAAUGUACAUAGGAGAAUGUGUUUUUAUCAUCAGGGAUCAACAAUGGCAAUGUUGAAAUAGUUUGUUGUCCUUGUCCAUUGUAAAAACAUUUAGUUUGAAGUAAGUACAUAAAUGAAUCAAGUGGAAAGUGCAUGUGGAAACUUCUUGGUAUAGUCUUUUGUAAUGGACUUUAAUCAAUAAAUACAAUUUCUUAGCAAUGA